AUGAAUCAGAAAAAAGAUGACAGUCAGCCACCAGCUACUGAGAAGUCAACCUCUCUAGUGAAAUGUAUAGGCAAUGAAAGCUUGAAGGAAAUUGUAGCAUGCUUAAAGACACACAAAUAUUCCAUAAUUGUAGAUGAGAGCACUGAUGUAUCCACUACAAAGCAGUUAGCCAUUGUUGUCAGAGUAGUGAACACUCAGCAGUGUACAGUUGAAGACAAAUUUUUACAAUUGCUAGAUGUAGAAGAUUCCAGUGCUGAAGGACUGUUUCACCUAUUGAAUACUUUUUUUGAUGAAAAUGGCAUUCCAUUUGAAAAUAUGCUUGGAUUUGCUGCUGACAAUGCGUCAGUCAUGAUGGGGAGUAUGGGUGGUUUAAAGGCAAAAUUGCUGGAUAGAGUCCCUCAUUUGUUUGUAAUUGGAUGUAUUUGCAAUUCAUUAAAUCUCUGUUCCUCUGCAGCCUGUCUUAAGCUUCCAAGUUCUGUAGAAACAUUGUGUAAAGAUUUACAUAACUUCAUUAAUCACAGCCCUAAGAGACUGUUGAAGUUUAAGGAAUUUCAACAAUUUGUUAGAGCUGAUGUACACAGACUUCUAAAUACUAGUCAAACAAGAUGGCUUUCCCUAGAAUCAGUUGUUAACAGAAGACUAGAACAAUGGUCAGCACUAAUUCUUUUCUUUCAGUCAGAAGCCUUGGAAUCUCAAGUACAGUCUGCAGUGCAUAUACUGAAUGCCUUGAACAAUCCUCUGUUCAAAAUGUACUUUACUUUCCUUGGGUAUAUUCUGCCCAUUAUCAAUAAGAUGAACAGAGAAUUUCAAAGUGAAUCAGUCAUGAUACACACUGCAUAUUCUAACAUCUGUGCCUUUUAUAGAACUAUUCUGAGCAAUUAUAUAAAGAAAGACAUACUAAAAUCAAAGUCAGAUCCAUUUGAAGUGGAAUUUAAAGACUGUUCCAAUUUCCUAACCGAAAAUGAAUGGUACUUUGGCAGCAAAGUAGAGAGUACGCUGGCAGAUAAAAAUGUGUUAGGGGAACUUGGAUCUGAAGCUUCCAGAUUUCGGGCAGUAGUAAGCAGCUUGGCUGCCAACCGUAUGAUGUCUAUAACACCAUGGAGUGCUAGUGUAGAUCUGGCACACUUUGAUGUCAGGCUACACAAAUAG